AUGAAGUUCACUGCUGUCAUUGGCGUUGCUGCCUUAUCUAUGGCCUCGCCGGCUGUGGCCUGGAAGCUGCCUCACGCCAACAAGGCUGCUGCCGUUGCUACUCCUACUGAGCAGCCAACUUCCUCUAGUGGUUUCCCAAGCGGAACCCCAACUGGAACCCCAUCUGGAUCCGCCUCUGUAACCCCAUCUGUGACUCCCUCUGGAACCCCAACUGGAUGGCCCACCGGCUGGCCUACUGCUUGGCCUACUGCUUGGCCCACUGGUUGGCCCACCGGAUUGCCCUUCAUUCCUGGAGGACCCGAUCAUGAAGGUUCUGGUCACGAAGGACCCGGUUAUGAAGGCCCUGGCUACGAAGGCCCCGGUCAUGAAGGCCCCGGUCAUGAAGGUCCUAGCCAUGGAGGACCCGGUCAUGGAGGUCCUGGCCACGGUGGAUCUGGCCAUGGCGGACAUCGCCACGGACCUGGCCACAAGGAGCCCGGCACCGGAGGAAAUGGUCCUCAUAGAUCCAAGUCCACCAGCUCCCCUAGCAGCACUCCCACUGGCACUCCCACUGGCACUCCUACCGGCACUCCUUCCAGAACCCCCACCAGAACCCCCACCAGCACACCUACUGGAUACCCCUCAACUACCGGUGCCCCUCCUGGAUUCCCCGGUGGCUUCUCUGGUAGCCAGACUAGCGGUUCCUUUGCCGUUCUGCCCAUCCCAGUCGAGACUGCUGCUACCGCUGGUGAGGAACAGGGCUCGUCUGAGGAGCCCGGAGUCUUCGCUCGUCUCCACGCCCGUCAUAUGUUGUUUUAG